AUGUGGAGCUUCGGGAGCCUUGCUUCAGCGGUCAGUGUCGCAGGCCAGCCUUGCAGGCUCAGCCCUUUGCUUGGUCAUUUCCCGGCUAUAGGAGACUACGUGGACUCGAUUGCCAUACUUGAGACCUGCGCAGUGGCGAUGAGCCCAGGGCUUCGGGCAUUGAGUCCAGGCGGCGUCAAUGCAUCGCAGUCCCCUUUAAGCGGGAAGAGCAGUCUGGUUGCCUGGGACCUGGUCGAAAAUGCUUCGGAAGGCCGCGGCUCCAAGAAGGCGCUCUGUACCGUCUCUGCUGGUGCCUGGAUGCACAAGGUUGCAGCCGUGUUGAGGACUACCGAACAGAUGUUGGUGGCCUGUUGGUGGUUGGUCCAAGUCCACUGCUUCAGCUUCGAACUUGCAUCAGUGGACACUCAUGACGGUGCGACAUCCCACGACAUUCGCGGCUGGGAACUCUACCACUCGGAGUCUCCGAACGGUCCCUGGAUCAAGGCCUUCAAGGGAGCUGCAGCACCCGGUGUGGGUGAGCAGGAGUUUGGGGGCUGGUCGCCCUCAGCUAGCCCCUACUGGCGCUUGGUCGUGCUGCAGACCUACUCGGGCCAGGUCGUCUCAGCUUCGGGACUUGUCCACUCUUCGGGAGGUGUCGAUGGCAAGCUCGAGGACGACUCGCGUGCACUUCGAGCCGCUCGGGCCACAGCCUGGGAUCAGGUGGAGCCGUGGCGAGCAGGCCUGGCAUGCAGUUUGCCAGGCUUGGCGAAGGAGGUGGAGAAGGCCUGGAAGCAGGCGGUGGCCUGGCGCAAGCAGCAGGAGAAGGAGAGGGAGCGGGUGUCGGAGAAUGGCGUGGUGACGACGAAGCGCAUCGACUUGCGAUCUGCCGAUGACAGAUGUUUCGUGGGCCGGUCGCCCAAGUGUGAGAUUGUCAUCCAGAAAAAGGGCGUCUCACAAGUGCAUUGCUCCUUGCGCUUGGACACCGAUCGGCAACGCCAGCGCGGAGUCAUCGUUACAGACACCUCCACGAACGGCACUGGCAUCCAGGCCGUGGAUGGUCGUUGCAUGCGACUUCGCAAAGGUGAAGAGGCUCCUGCGGUUGAUGGUGCGGUCCUCAUCAUUCCCCUCAAGACACAGGUGCAGCACUGUGAGACACAAGCACGGCUCAAACUUGUGAUCGGCCAACUCCCCUCCCGCAAACAGCGGUCGGGUAAGGGCGCCAAGAAGAGACGUAAACAAAAAGCAAGGACGAAGAAGAAAGAGGAAAGAACUCGACAAGCUGAAGAGGCCAGGGCUACGGAAAGGGAACAAAGUGCUGAGCAGCCGCACUCGUCCUCCUCUUCAUCCUCUUGGUCCUCCAAGCCCUCACACUCGACCGAGGAGCUGCUUCGCCAGAAGGACGUACGAAUCGGGGAGCUGGAGGAACAGGUGGCCAAAGAAAAGUUGAAGGCGGUCGAACAAAAGGCCCUACGAAAAAGAGCUUGUGGAGAGAAAAAGCGAACACCGCAGGGACCUGCCGGCAGAGUGCCGCUCAGCAUUGAUGAGCUUUGUCUUCUGCAAGAAAGCACGAUCGAGAUGCUCAGGAAGGAGAAAGAAGAGGGUCUGGCGGGGGCAUAUGCAGAUGCCAUCAAGAGAAGCAAGCCCAGCCGCCAACCAGCCGCCAGACCGCAGCAGCAACACAUAUGGCGAGACCGGAGGCGAUGA